GGGCUAUGGAGGGAGAUGGCUCCCAGCCAGAAGCCUUGUGUGCCAGGCCCUGGGCCCAUCCGCUCUCAGUUUCUCUGCGGUUCCUGGACCUGCGUGGUGUGGUCGCUGGCCUGCCCUGCAUCCCUGGACUGUCACUGCGGGCAGGGCCAGGAGGAGACCUUGCGAACUCGCGGGCCAAUCCCUCCCUGCCCAGGCCAGAAGAGUGGGUCUUCGGGGCCCCACGCCGGGGACGCCGCCCCCACGACGCCCCAGUAUGGCAUUGUGCUGGACGCUGGCUCUUCACACACAUCCAUGUUCAUCUACAAGUGGCCAGCAGACAAGGAGAAUGACACAGGCAUUGUGGGCCAGCACAGCUCCUGUGAUGUUCAGGGUGAGGGUAUCUCCAGCUAUGCAGACGACCCUUCCAAGGCAGGACAGAGCCUGGUGGAGUGCCUGGAGCAGGCCCUGCGGGAUGUACCCAUGGAGAGACACGCCACCACGCCCCUGUACCUGGGCGCCACGGCAGGCAUGCGCUUGUUGAACCUAACCCAUCCAGAGGCCUCAGCCAGUGUGCUGGCUGCAGUGACACAGACGCUGACCCGGUACCCUUUUGACUUUCGGGGGGCACGCAUCCUGUCAGGCCAGGAUGAGGGCGUGUUUGGCUGGGUGACCACCAACUAUCUGCUGGAGAACUUCAUCAAGUAUGGCUGGAUGGGCCGGUGGUUCCGGCCAAGGAAGGGCACCUUAGGGGCCAUGGACCUGGGAGGUGCGUCCACCCAGAUCACCUUUGAGAUGACUAAGCCAGCUGAGGAUCCCGCCAGCGAGGUCCACCUGCGUCUCUAUGGCCAGCGCUACCGAGUCUAUACCCACAGCUUCCUCUGCUAUGGCCGAGACCAGGUCCUCCAGAGGAUGCUGGCCAGUGCCCUCCAGACCCACCACUCCCACCCUUGCUGGCCACAGGGUUACUCCACCCAAGUGCUGCUUGGGAAUGUAUACCAGUCACCCUGUACCCAGGCUCAGCGGCCCCAGGCCUUCAACAGCAGCGCCAGGGUCACUGUGUCGGGCACCGGCGAUCCCAAACUCUGCCGCAGCCUCGUGUCAGGGCUUUUCAACUUCUCCUCUUGCCCUUUCUCCCAGUGCUCCUUCAAUGGGGUUUUCCAGCCCCCUGUGGCUGGGAGCUUCGUCGCCUUCUCUGCUUUCUACUACACGGUGGACUUCCUGAGGACUGUCAUGGGGCUGCCCACGGCCACUCUGAAGCAGCUGGACGCUGCCGCGGUGACCACCUGCAACCAGACCUGGGCUGAGCUGCAGGCUCGGGCGCCAGGACGGAAGGCCCGCCUGGCUGAUUACUGCGCCGGAGCCAUGUUCGUGCAGCAGCUGCUGAGCCGUGGCUACGGCUUCGAUGAGCGAGUGUUCAGCGGCGUGGCCUUCCAGAGGAAGGCGGCGGACACUGCAGUGGGCUGGGCGCUGGGCUACAUGCUGAACCUCACCAACAUGAUCCCCGCCGACCCGCCCGGGCUGCGCAAGGGCACCGCCUUCAGCUCCUGGGUGGUCCUCCUGCUGCUUUUUGCCGCCUUGGUCCUGGCCGCACUUGUCCUGCUGCUGCGCCGGGUGGGGACAACCAAGGCGCAGAACGUCAUCUAGGGACGCGUGCGGGGGGAGUUGCCCGGGACGCUAGGCCGCAGCACCUCAUUUCGUAGUACUCCACCCCACGGUACCCCGCUCCAGCACCCAUGGGGGCCGCGGAACCCAGACCCUGCCACCCACUCCCACAGGGGUACUGGGUGGGCCAAAGGAGACCCGCACCCCCGCCCCAGAGUCCCCAGCAUCCGGGCUUUGCCUUAACACUUCUCCUCUUUCAGGGGUGAGGGCCCCUCAGCCUGUGACUCAGAGCAGGAUCUCCAGGGAGUGGGGCCUUUAAGGGGUCAUCAGAGCCCUGGAGUCCUGGCCUGUCCUGGGAGGGCCAGAGCCCAGGGCAGAGCCUGCGUGUAAACAUUUUGUAAUAAAAGGCUUUUCCUAGAGCAGCAAAAUGUGUUCACAGGGUGGGGCGGCUGUUGUUGCCUGACCUCCCUUGUCCAGCUGUGUUGGAAUGCAGGCCUGCCCGGUCCCCAGGGUGCACACAGCUCUUCCGGCGUCCUUCCUGCCUGGGCUAGACCCGGGCAAUGCGGGGCUUCCCUGCUUCGGGGUACAGGGACCUCCCCGAGUCCUUGAGCCGCCUCCUUCAGCCCAAGAGCCCCCACAAUGACCCAGGCGGCCUAGAAGAGGGUAGGCCAGGGGAGGUGUGGUCCGGAGGUGACCCCCCAGGGCAUCUUGAUACCUUGCCCUGCCCCACCGGGGCGCUGAGAUGGCGUCCUGCUCGCGUUUUUUCCAAAGCGGGAAGGCGUGGUCUUGGCGACUCCCUUCUCUUUCUGAGAAUGCUCGAGCUGUUUGUGU